AUGGAUGUUGCCAGUACUGUCUUCACCCUCACGGCGGGUAUCAUCGACUUCAUCGCCCAGCACGAUGACAAUGACGCUAUUAUGAGUGACAUCGCGGACGUAGCUGUGCAGAUACAGAACGUCAUCAAACCGCUGCUCCUCCACAACAUGAAGAACGACGGCGUGAAGCGAGCGCUCGAGAACCUUCAGCUUGCGCUGGGGAGUAUCGACAACCACCUCAAGUCGUGGAAGGAGAGCAAAACGAAACAGGUUUGGGCGAUGCUCAAUCCAUGGGCGGUCAACCAGGAGCUCAAAGAGGACAGGCAACGGUUGAUGAACCACUACACACUGCUCACUGGGGCAAUGCAGGUGGUGAAUCAUUUGCAUAUAACAGGAUAUAAUGUGAUCUGCUCGUCGUCCGCAACGAGCUCGAGCUCAAGUCCGGGAAAAAUUGUAGGCUCAAAGAGCAUCAUCAGAGUAGAGGAUUUCUGGCACAUGUACAUCGGAAACGAUAAUGAUAUCGUCAAAAGUCAACAGUUUUGCCUGCACAUCUCUUCGUGGAUGGGGAAGCAGCUAGGCAAGACAGAAACUCGACGUUUACUCCUUCGAUUGGACGAGAAUAACACCGGCUACGUGACCAUGCCUACUCUGAAAGACUUGGUCGGGUCUCGGAGUAUGAAAGAGACCAUCCUGACUUACACCGCAGAGCCGAAUAUCCCCCUGUUAGUAUGGAUUGAUGACGACGUAGUUGGAAACGCCCGCAAAGUUGAGUAUGCUCGUGGGUGUGGAGUCAGCGUCGUGCAACUCGCCUCAACGUCAUCCGCCAAAUCAUGGAUCACGGUUAACAAAGGUUUUCUCAAAAAGCAUGACAAUGCCGCCGACGUUCGAUUCAUCUCAGACCAGGUCAGAGUAGAAUUGAAGCGAGAUGGGCAGUCAUUCAAGAAUUGGCACGCCGGAGAGGACGUUACGAAGUACAUCCGCGGCGAGGGGUUCACAGCGCCCAUACUCAUUUACACUGGACGCCGCAGCCUCGAUCACACAAAGUAUGUGGCGCGUUAUAAGAACAUGGGCUCUCUGUCCGGAGAUUAUCGAGCCUUUCAAGACUUUGUGUCCGCCCUGGGGAAAAGGAGAUCCGACGACACGAAGUGGAUUGGAUUUCGUGGUGCCAGUGCUUCGACCUCAAAGGUUCCUGGACAAUGA